AUUCGGGUUGUAACAUCUUGCUUUGUUUUAUCGUUAAACAAAUAACAAAAUGUAAUCUCUCACCUCAUAAACAGUGACCACUUAAGUGCGUCUGCACUCGAGAAAAAACAUUUCUUAUUUAAAAGGAGAGAAAUAUGGAUAUUAAAGCAGUUGCUUGUUAUAUUGUCACUGCCGUUACCUUUGAAAUUGUUUCUGCGAGCUUGUACGACCCACAUUUGUUUCCAGGUCAUGAUAAAGGACCUUUUUUCGAAGGGUGGUACAUGCGGGUAACCGAUCAGUUCUCACGUGACAGUUUUGGAUUGCUAUUCGGAAGUGUUUUGCCAUCUUCUUCGAGGAAUGUUUCCGGUCCUUUGGUGGUCGCUUCUAUCUUGCUUCGACGUUGUGACGUAACGAGUGAUACAUGUAAGUUAAUAUCAAUAGAUGGAAAGUUUACAACAAAUGAUUUAGAUAUUACAGUAAAUGGACAAGACGUUACGACUGAUCCCGACAAAGGGUCGCCACCUAACUUUAAAUGGCAGGUUAACAACGGAACGCAUGGCGGAUUUUUCGAACAAAAUGGCGGGAAAACAACUUUUAAUUUCAGACUAGGAGAUUUAACAUUAAGAGGUGAGGCAAAAGAUCCGUGUUACUGGAAUGCAGCGGGAACUGGUCCGGAAGGAUGGCUGAUAAACUUUCCACUUCCGCUACAUUGGUUCGUGUAUAGUUUGAGAUCAGAGCUUACUUCCUAUGAGAUUCAGAAUAUAACCAGUGGCACCGUGACUAAAGGAAACACAGGCGCCGUUCAUUUGGAGAAAAAUUGGGGGAAAUCAUUUCCUUCAGAAUGGAUUUGGUCAGAGGGCAUUUCAUUUGACAAAGACAACGCAACAUUUGCCUUGUCUGGUGGAUUAGUUGACUUCUCAUUUAUUUCCGUAAACGCUUAUUUGAUUGGUUACCGCAACCAGGCGCAAAACUUGUCCCUAGACUUCAGACCAGACAACAGUAUAAUCAACGCACGAAUUAACGGAUGUUUGGGAUAUGUGAACAUGUCUGUCAACAGUUUAAUGUAUAAAAUGGAGAUCAACUUGGCAGCGCCAGUCUCAACGCUCAGUUCAUGUCUGUUAGGACCGGAAACACGUGGCUUCGUUCGCGCAUGCGUUGAGAGUUAUGAUGCCGAAGCAACAAUUACAGUGUCUAAGAGGAGUUUUCUCCCUUUUCAAUACAACAUAGUGGAACAGAAAACGUUUAAAAAUAUUGCUCUAGAAUUUGGAGGCCAUAAUGUGUGCAACGAUACAUGCUCUACAACCGUAUCUUCCAGGUGAUAGUUUUACGACGGAAAUUACAAAUAUAUAUUUUUUUUUUU